GAGAGUUUUUGCAGGAAAAUAAAUUUUCUCUGUGCAAAAAAAUAUAAAAAGGAUGUUACGAGAAACAGAAAAACCCGGAAAAUCAACCUUUUUAUCAGAUAAGCAUCAGACACGUCGUAGGAACAUCCAAUGCCCAACAUAGUAAGACAAAAUUCUUAAAGGGUGCAACGUGGAAGAAGUUUGUUUUGAUUUUCAGCGAGACUAUUUUUCCGCAUUUAUUGUUCAUAAUAAACCAUAAAAAUAUGAGUGAUUUAUUAGAAUUGAAUCCCGAUAGGCUCUUCCAGCAGCACACUGUAUCAGAAAUUGAGCAAGUCAGUAAGAAACUUCAGGAUGAGAUUGAGAUUAAAAAGGAAGAUCUCAGAACCAUGGUGGGGGAACGAUACCGAGAUCUCCUUAAAGCCGCCGAUACGAUUAAUGACAUGAAAGCCACGGCAAACUUGGUUGUACAACGAAUUGAGAGUAUUCUUGAACAUUCCGGAAGGGUUACGGAGAACCUCAAGAAGUACGGAAAAGACACCCAGACAAGUGAUAAGAAUCAGAUAAUUCAAGCUAGAAGCAAAUACUACGGCGUUGUGGUGCAGAUUCACAUUCUAACGCUCCUUCCGGAGAUGAUUUGGACGCACCUUCAUCACGAUGAGUAUUUCGUGGCGGCCCAGCUGUUUGCUUUCUCACGCCACAUGAGUACUGAUCUUCAGCUAAACGAUAAUACUGCUGUUAUAUACUUCCCAGUGGCUAGGAGACAGUGGACGGUGCUCAGACCAUUCCUGGAGAUCAUUCGUGAUCACUGUUUUACCACACUUGGCCGGGAGAUUCUCCCCGCCAGCGUGGCAUCAAAAUGCUUAGCUAGUUUGCUGCUUCUUGAAUCUAGCAACAUAGACACCUUGCUGACGGUAUUCAUUGAGCUACGACUAAAAGCUUUCCUCAAUAUUUUAGCAGAAGAUGAGGAAGAUAAAUCGAGGAAGGUGAAGGAUAAAAUUUUAACCAGCCUAAGAUUAGUCAUGGAGAGCUCAGAAAUUAUCUUUAAGUGCUUUGUGGGAAAGGAAGGUACCGAAGGACUCAUAAUGGAGGAAAUUAAAGAUUUGGAAGGGAAGGAACCCACAAUUUCCCUUAUUAAAUUUGACAAUUCGGAAAUUAUGGGAGUCCUACCGGGAAUAAUUAGUCAAUUUAAGCCUCAAGUUGCUGCCAAGACCAUUACUUCGGAAUCCGUUGCAUCAUUUUCCAGAGCAUGGCUUGAAAAACUCUCCUUGGCCACAAAAACUGCCCUGAAGUCUUUAAUAGAUUUGAUACCCUCCGUGAAAGUUAUUCACGAUAUCAAACGACAGGCAAUGGCAAUGAAGAAACCUGAAGAUUGGGAGAUUAUCUGUGAAAGGCUCUUCCUCCCAAAGGGCUUUGCAGCCUAUGAGUAUUUCUACCAAGAUCUUCUCAAUGAGCGUGUAAAGCACAUAAUUGAAAGCUCAUGGGAUGCAACACUCGAGGCCAUUCAGAAAGAUGUUGAGAAAUUAGCUGAAAAUGCUGAUAAAUCAGCCAAGAGUAUUGGAAAAAUGAUUUGGAUUGAGGAAUCAUCAGAUAUACCACAGAGUCUUCAGCAAGCGAUAAGUCAGGACCAGAAGACGCAUAAACUGCUGAUGAAAACCAAGGGAUACACUCCAGCUAUCGUUGCUGUUUGUGAGAAUCUCGAUAAGAGGCUUGAAUUGCUCUUUAACGAUAUCAGCAAUUAUGUCUCCAGAGAUUCUGAUGCCGACAAACAUCUUAAAGCUCUUCCGGAAGUAGUCACGGACACUUUAACUGAAUUUCUCGUGCAGUGCAGUACAGAAAGGAUCCUCAAAUUUGUCGCAUUUUUGAGGUCAGGACGUUUAGGGGCUGAGGGAAACUUUAUAAAUCUCGCCAAACUUCUCCAAGCAUUUGCAGAGCUUUGUCCAUAUUUGAAAAAUUGCCUCUCAAGACGCAACUCCAAUUCCGAGGAUGAUGAUCUCGAGAAGUGGAAACAAAUGUGUCAAAGACUUGAGGAGGAGAGUCUGCAUUUUUGGAAUCUGUGGCUCAUUUCCUUCCUGAAGGAUACACAGAGCAAGAGUUCAUCUACGCAAGCAACAAAUCUUAACGUUAUCCUUCAGGAAUUCUCCAAUUGGGAAACAAUCACACUUGAAGAGAAGAAUGAACAGGAAGUUGUAUUGAAAUCUUCCAUCCGGGUACCAUCCCAGCCGAGUUUAUCCCUUCAGCAGAAACUUUUCAAUCUCUGCCGGGAUCUCAAUCAAGUUGGUUCACACACAAUUCCAAGGAUCAUUCUCAAUCGACUCGUUGAGAAUGUAAUCACUCAAUUAUUUGAUUUCUAUCGUAUCCAAUUGGAAAAUGAGAUGAUCCAGACAAAUCAAAAUUGCUGCAUUCAGUACUAUUUCGAUGUCAAAUUCAUCUCCCUCGUGCUCGUGGCGCGAGAGAAUAAAGGUCUCACGGAAAAAGGUCAAAGCCUGAGUCAGAAUUUUAAAUCACGAGUCGACCCUUUCGACUUCGAGAUGUCCUACGAUUAUAUUAAUGCCAACGUAAAGCGGGCAGCUCAUCGUGUUCUUCAUCAAUUGGGAUGUAUUGUGCCCAAUAUGGAUUACUUGGUGGCAAUGCUGGGUAAUCGUCAAACACCAACUAGUCAGGAAAAGGAGCCGAAUAUCCUUGCAAUUUCUGGAGCAGGAACUUCUGAUCCGGUUUCGUGGUUCCCACUCCUGCCGAUUAUUUCUUCUAAUACCGCCACAGCGGCAAAAGUUCCAACUUCCACCUCAACAUCGAUUGAAAAGUCCUCCACUACUCCUGAAAAAUCAAGAAAAUACGAUGAUAGUCGGCAAUCAUCAUCCGUUGUGAGUACAACCCAAAACUAUGCUAGCAAUGUUAAAUCCGGAGCUGCUGCCUUCUUCGGUGUAAUGUCCCAGGAUUGGUUCAAAUCAUAGACGAAAAAAAGAGCCGGAAAACAGCAACCGUCACGAUAUGAGAGCAAACGGAGACUGAAUUGGUGAACCAAGAUGUGUUGCGGAUGGUUAUCCAACGGGCAACUGCUAAGAAAUAUGCCUUUGCUCUUCCAGAAACACGAAAGUGAGACACACACACCGCGGAAGAAAUCAAUAAAGCUCUUGAUCAUACUGAAUCAACAGUUACCCAAGUGACGCGACAUUGCAUGGUGUUGAGGGCAAGUCGAUGGACUUCUUAAAGAUCGACGAAGAAGAUGACGGUGAGAAAUGUUGUCAUAUAUAGCAUAAUCACCUAAAUAUAUUUUUUGGGGGAUCAUAAUUUUUCACGUCCAACUUGUAUUAAAGGGAAAUUGUAGUUAUUAACUAUGGGGGGGGAAAUACUCUUGUCCUUAAGACCCUGUCAGGCUUU